CUUUACCAGAUGACCGAGGGCAGACUGUGUCAAGUGCAAUUGCUGGAUGACAGGAAGUUGGAGCUGCUGGUUCAGCCCAAGUUGCUGUCAUACGAACUUGUCGACCUGGUCUCCUCCCAUUUCAACCUGAAAGAAAAAGAAUUCUUCGGUCUUGCCUUUUUCAGUGACAAUGGCCAGUGUAAAUGGCUGCAGAUGGACCGCAGAGUUCUUGAUCAUGACUUUUCUAAGAAGCACGGCUCCAUAGCCCUCAACUUUCUGGUCAGAUUUUAUGUGGAAAACAUAACCCAGCUCAAGGACAUCAUAACAGUGGAGUUAUUCUUUCUGAAUGCAAAAUCUGCUGUCUAUAACGGAAUUAUAGAAGUUGAGAGUGAGAAUGUCUUCAAGUUGGCAGCAAAUGCUUUGCAGGAGUCUAAAGGAGACUACACAAGCGAUGAGGCCACUCGAGCUGAUUUAAAGAAACUUCCCACUCUUCCCACUAAAGUCCUCAAAGAGCAUCCAUCGCUUGCCUACUGUGAAGAUCGCGUUAUUGACUAUUAUAAACAGCUCCGAGGAGUCUCCAGAGGACAGGCCAUUGUUCAGUAUUUGACGCUUGUGGAAUCCUUGCCGACAUAUGGUGUCCACUAUUAUGAAGUGAAGGAUAAACAAGGGAUUCCAUGGUGGCUUGGGAUCAGCUAUAAAGGCAUUGGCCAGUAUGAUCUACAGGAUAAAUUGAAACCUAGAAAGCUUUAUCAGUGGAAGCAACUGGAAAAUUUGUACUUCAGGGAGAAAAAAUUUGCAGUGGAGGUUAACGAUCCGCACAGGAGAGCGGUAACAAAGCGCACUUUCGGACAAACUGGUCUCCUCAUCCACACUUGGUAUGCGAGCCAUUCUUUGAUCAAAACUAUUUGGGUCAUGGCUAUUAGCCAACAUCAAUUCUACUUGGACAGAAAGCAAAGCAAAGCUAAACUGGGAGCCUCCAAAAGCUUGGAAGAAAUCGCGAUGGAUCUCACAGAGCACGCAGGGGGAAAGAUAAACAAACUGGGAGAGUCCAUUUUGAAAAAUAACUUGAUCACAGCGAGCAAUGGGAGUCUGGUGUCAACAGGUUCCGCUGACUCUGAAAUGAGUGAGGAGCAAAAGAAAGAGAAACUUGCUGAGUUGAGAAAGAAGGAGCAAGAUAUUCAAGAUAUUCUGGCCAAGAAAACAAAGGAACUCAAGAAGAUUUGCUUACGGGAAGCGGAACUUACUGGCAAACUGCCCAAGGAGUACCCCUUGUCUUCAGAUGAACAGCCACCACAGGUUAGACGGCGAGUUGGCACCGCUUUCAAGUUGGAUGACCUUUUCCCUUACAAUGAGGAUCCUAUCCUGAGAAAUCUGGAGAGCCGAUUUGCCCUCCAGCAGAAGAUUGUGGAGGCAGCUAAAAAACUAGCCAACGAGCCGGAAUUGUGUAAGACGGUCAAGAAGAAAAGAAGGAGAAACUGUUUGGACGCCAUGCACAAACUUCAGCAGAUUGAGAAUGAGAUGAAUCAUUACCGAAUCAAGAAGGGAAAAAGGCCAACUCAGCGGGCGUCAGUCAUCAUUGCAGAUGAAUUCAUGCAAUCCGACUGUAGCUCCCUGUCAAGCCUCCCGUUGGAAGAUGACGACUCAGAUAGUGCCAGUCAGAGGCCACGCUCGCAGUCCGUGCAAGACUCCCCUCAAUUCAGUCCUUUACGCUCGUUGGGGGCGGAAUACGAUGCGGAGAGGCAAACAUCUCCAAGAGAAAGUAAUCACAACAAAAGAGAGCCUUCUCACUACCACCACAAUCCAAGAGAGGUUUCUUCCACCCACAGUAGCCCCUAUAAAACCCUCCCCAGGCCUCCCAGAGACCCCCGCAGCAUGCCGCCCACACCGGCUAUGACCCGCAAUGCCUACAGCAGCAGCCAGCUCAGGUGCGAGGGCAUGCCUCACGGCUUCAGGGCUCGUAGCGGAAGUUUGGAAUCCGAGCCCCAGCUGAGGAAGGAAGCCGACCCAGAGAAGCCAGUCUUCACCUUGUCACCAUGCCACCGCAGCAACAGCACAGAAGUGUUGGAGGAUUGCUCUUCCUACACCAGCCAGUCCAGUCUGGACUUCUGCGGGCCCGCUAGUUCCCACUACAGUACAUUAGAUUCCCGAACGUCCACCAUGCAUCGUCUCCACCGCAACGUAGAAGUGUAUGGGAAUACGGGGAGCAUGCCCAACCUUGUUCAGCACCAUUCCGGCUGUAGUUACGCCUGCGAGACCUCCGCUCAUUAUCCACCGAGUGCCUACUACGGCUCCGGCUGCCCGUGUCCAGACAUGGAGCCUUACGCUAACGGCGCCUACGUGUACGAGAAUGACAUUGAAGGCCACUACAACGUGAACCCCUCGUAUCAAAUGAACGGCUAUCACGGACAUGACAGAUUCAGGCAUUACGGUUCCGACCGAAAGGACAGUCUUUCCCAGAAUCCCUACGCGACCGUGAGGCCGCCGCGGAGCCGUGAGGGACCCAGAAAUGAACUUUUGGCCAAGAACAUGCAGAAAGCUAUGGUGGCGGAACAUCUGAGGGGGUGGUACCAUCGAAACCGUGGACCGAGGGAAGGAGAUAGGGCAGGAUAUGACUUUGACUGCGGCUCUCAGCUCAGUUUAGGCUACCAGACUAUGCCGGCGGCCUUCAGCCACUCAAGCAGAACGACCUCUUUCUCUUCUGUGUCCUCAGUGGAGAGUGCAGGGAACUGGCGGAACCAGCUGGCAGUCGGACUGAGUGACUACGACACACCCAACACACCACAAUACUCUCAACAUGCAGUUCCUUCAUCGCCAUAUAAUCGCAGCCCCACACACAACAGAUGUCCUCCAGAAAACAAAGUAUUGGGCUCUGACACAAAGCCUAAUAAAUGUGAGUCAGUUGAGGUGGUUGGCACUGAAGCCGUUAGAAUGGACGAAGCUUCAGGCAGCCGUUCUAGCACUUAA